GACAUGGCCAUGGAGCAAGUUAAACAUAACCCAAAUGCUACCGUCAACCUCAACUUUGCUGCAAUCUACAAUCUCCAUGACGGGGAUUUGACCUCCUUGCGAAACUUCUCUCCUUUCAAUUUCAGCUACAGUGAUUACGACCUGCCACUGGACAGUGAAGAUGACAUGACCAAAACCCGCACCUUCUUUGCAGCCAAGAUUGUGAUCGGGGUGGCUCUGGUUGGCAUCAUGCUGGUCUGUGGCAUUGGCAACUUCAUCUUCAUUGCUGCUCUCGCCCGCUACAAGAAGCUGCGAAACCUCACCAACCUGCUGAUUGCCAACCUGGCCAUCUCAGACUUCAUUGUGGCCAUUGUAUGCUGCCCCUUUGAGAUGGACUACUACGUGGUGCGGCAGCUGUCCUGGGAGCACGGCCAUGUCCUCUGUGCCUCAGUCAACUACCUACGGACUGUCUCCCUCUAUGUUUCUACCAAUGCUCUCCUGGCUAUAGCUGUUGACAGGUAUCUGGCCAUUGUUCACCCACUGAAACCACGCAUGAAUUAUCAAACAGCAACCUUCUUAAUUGCCGUGGUCUGGAUCAUCUCCAUACUUGUAGCUAUCCCAUCUGCAUACUUUGCUACUGAAACAGUGUUAUUUAUAGUGAAAAACCAGGAGAAAAUUUUCUGUGGUCAAAUUUGGCCAGUUGACCAGCAGAUGUACUACAAAUCAUACUUCCUCUUCAUCUUUGGCAUUGAAUUUGUUGCACCUGUGAUUACGAUGACCUUGUGUUAUGCCAGGAUCUCUCGGGAGCUUUGGUUUAAAACCGUACCAGGAUUUCAGACGGAACAGAUCAGAAAGAGGCUUCGAUGCAGAAGAAAAACUGUUAUGGUCCUGAUGUGCAUCCUGACUGCCUAUGUUCUCUGCUGGGCACCUUUCUAUGGCUUCACAAUUGUCCGUGACUUUUUCCCCACCAUCUUUGUGAAAGAGAAGCAUUAUCUUACUGCUUUUUACAUAGUUGAAUGCAUUGCUAUGAGUAACAGCAUGAUAAACACCAUGUGUUUUGUAACUGUAAAAAAUAACACCAUGAAGUAUUUCAAGAAGAUCAUGUUGCUCAGAUGGAGAUCAGCAUAUAAUGGAAGCAAAUCUAGCACAGAUUUAGACCUGAGAACAAGUGCAAUGCCAGUCACAGAGGAGGUAGACUGCAUAAAACUGAAAUAA